AUGACCGGCGCCGCCUCUCCCCCGCCCUCCUUCUACGACCUCAAGGCCGAAAAUGCCAAGGGCGAGAUCGACUUCAACGAUUUUAAGGGCAAGGUCGUCCUAGUUUUCAAUAGCGCCACCAAGUGCGGCUUUACGCCACAACUCAAGGAGCUGCAGGAGCUGCAUGAAAAGUACAGCGAAAAGGGCCUCGUCCUGCUCGGCUUCCCGUCCAACGAGUUUGGCUCACAGAACCCAGAGGAUGACGAAGAGGCCGCGACGUUCUGUCAGCGCAACUACGGCGUCGACUUUGGCUUUGCGAAAAAGUCUAACGUCAACGGCAAGGACGCUAACGAGGUCUUCCGCUGGCUCAAGAGGCAAAAGAAGGGCAUCCUCGGCAGCGAGUUUAUCAAGUGGAACUUUACCAAGUUUCUCGUUGACAAAAAAGGCGACGUCGUAGAGCGCUACUCGCCCCAAACUACGCCCUCCAGCAUCGAGCCGACAAUUGUCGAGCUGCUCGAGGAGCCCAGUCCGUAA